AUGGUGCCCUUCCCCGAGGAGCCCGCCGCCGCGCAGGGGACGAGCGAGGCGCAGCCACCAGGCCCCGCACCUACGGUGGGGGCCGCUCCGCUGCCCGGCCCGGGACCCUCGGACGGCCCCGAGGCGUCCGUCGAGAAGGUGGAGGUAGAGCUGACGGGGCCGGCGGGCGCUGAGCCCCCGCAGCCUCCCGAGGGCGGCUGGGGCUGGCUGGUGAUGUUUGCCGCCAUGUGGUGCAAUGGGUCGGUGUUCGGCAUCCAGAACGCCUGCGGGGUGCUCUUCGUGGCCAUGCUGAAGACCUUCGGGUCCAAGGACGAUGACAAGAUGGUCUUCAAGACAGCAUGGGUAAGUUCUCUGUCCAUGGGGAUGAUUUUCUUUUGCUGCCCAAUAGCCAGUGUCUUCACAGACAUGUUUGGUUGUCGGAAGACAGCUGUUGUGGGUGCUGCUGUUGGAUUCAUUGGACUCAUGUCCAGUUCUUUUGUAAGCUCCAUCGAGCCUCUGUACCUCACCUAUGGAGUCCUGUUUGCCUGUGGCUGCUCCUUUGCCUACCAGCCUUCGCUGGUCAUCUUGGGCCACUAUUUCAAGAAGCGCCUCGGACUGGUGAAUGGGAUCGUCACCGCCGGCAGCAGCAUCUUCACAAUUUUGCUGCCUUUCCUGUUACGGGUCCUGACUGACAGCGUGGGCCUCUUCCACACACUGAGGGGCCUCUGCAUCUUCACGUUUAUUCUCUUUCUGGCUAGCUUCACUUACCGACCUCUUGUUCCAAAUGCCAGAGACAAAGAGAGUGGAACCAAAGGAGGCCACAGAUUCUCCCUGUUUUCCAGGAGGAAGUUUGGUCCUCCACAAAAAGUUUUCAAUUUUGCCAUCUUCAAGGGGACCGCUUACGCGGUUUGGGCAGUUGGAAUACCACUUGCACUUUUUGGAUACUUUGUGCCUUAUGUUCACUUGAUGAAACAUGUGAAUGAAAGAUUUCAAGAUGGAAAAAAUAAAGAGGUGGUUCUCAUGUGCAUUGGCAUCACUUCAGGGGUUGGACGGCUGCUCUUUGGCAGGAUUGCAGAUUAUGUGCCUGGUGUGAAGAAGGUUUAUCUUCAGGUACUCUCCUUUCUCUUCAUUGGUCUGAUGUCCAUGAUGAUUCCCCUAUGUAGGGUCUUUGGGGCCCUCAUUGCUGUCUGUCUCAUCAUGGGUCUCUUCGAUGGAUGCUUCAUUUCCAUUAUGGCCCCCAUUGCCUUUGAGUUAGUUGGCCCCCAGGAUGUUUCUCAAGCAAUUGGAUUUCUACUUGGAUUCAUGUCUAUACCCAUGACUGUCGGCCCACCUAUUGCAGGGUUACUUCGUGACAAGCUGGGCUCCUAUGAUGUGGCAUUCUACCUCGCUGGAAUCCCUCCCCUUAUUGGAGGUGCUGUCCUUUGUUUUAUCCCCUGGAUCCACAGUAAGAAGCAAAGAGAGAUUGAUAAAACCACCGGAGGAGAAAAGAUGGAGAAAAUGUUGGAGAAUCAGAACUCUCUGUUGCCAACCUCACCUGGAAUCUUUAAGAAAGAAUCUGACUCUGUUAUUUAAUGUCUUAUAUACCUCCACCAGACUGAACUUGCUUUGAGAAGUUUAAGCAAGUUUUCCUUUUAUAUAAAUUGCAGAUUUCUUAUUUUUUUAAUCUCAUCCUAAGAAUAGCACAAUAAUUGGGAACUAGAACGCUUAUUACUACAAGAACCAUAUUCUGCCACUGAAUAGCUAGCUGUCUGGUAUUUCCAUGAGUGUGGGGGCAGAGAGUCUGGUAUAUGAAAACUUACGUCGGAAAGUCAAAUACUGUGAGCAUUGAUGCUAUCUCAGUAAAAAGCAACUCUGGAAACUGUGAAUGCUAAUAAGCUUGUACAAAUAUUUAAAAAUACCUCAAGCUAUAAUGAAAGGGUUGCAAUUUGGUUAGGACUGGAACUGUGUUUGUUGUCUCACGUGAUGUUUUUAAUUCUGGUAUCUCUGUUUCAAUUUCUUCUGCUGUUUGGAAACUUUUUACAAGAUUCAAGCCUGGAUUCUAGAUAAUGUCAGACCUACCAAAACCUCAAGUCUGUGUUAAAGCUGCUUGCCUGCUCUUAACUAGGAUCUGAGGUUAAGUUCUUCUGCCUUGCUCCGGUGUCCGGGGGGCUUCUGGGAGAGAUGGCAGCGCUGUGUCGGCAUUCAGAGCGCGGCGCGGAAGGGAUCACGGUCGUAAGGGCAGAGCAGUUCAGGAGGCGGGCAUUUCUCCCACUUCCAUUUGCUUCCUUUCGGUUGGCCGUGUGUUGAUUACUCAAGUAGCCAGAAACCCCCCAGAUUUCUGAACUUGUUUAAAGUGUAAC